GACGGCUGAAACACGCGUACCGCAUACAGGAAGAGUUCCGUUUUGAUGUGGACGUGAUGCUCGGCUGGACUCUGCUCGGUCCGCUCCAGUGGCUCCGGUAUGUCCACAAACAGGUGAAGGUGAAGACGGGGCUGGACGAGGAGCUCCGCGGCUGGUUACUCACCGUGGACCCGGUGUCCGCCAGCAUGGUCCUGGUGACGUUCAAGGAGGACGGUGCGUCGGUUCGGGUGGUGAUGGGUCACGCUGUGGAGGAGGUGGAGGUUCUGCAGGAGGCUGACGAGGAGACGGCGGAGCGGCUCAGAACCGCUUUCCUUCCUCAGAACUCCCCCAGUCUGGACCCGGAUGAGGUCAGGACCAAGAGGGGGACGGUCCUCCGGUGGCUGCAGCAGAACCGGGUCCCUGUGGAGGAGGACGGAGACGAGCUGAGGGUGGCGGGGGUUCUGACCAUCACGGCCCCGUUCAGACCCGAGGACUGCUGUAGCUCCAACCAGAUCAUCCUGGACCGCAUCCAGAAACUGAUCCAGAUCCAACCAUUACCUCUAGAGACUGAUCCAGAUCCUCCAGAGACGGAUUAAAAUCCAGCCAGGACCCUCUAGACUGACCCAGAACCAAACAAAAAAACCACCAGAGACUGAUCCAGAUCCAGCCAGAACCCGUAGAGUGGUCCCAGCACAGUCUUAAAUGAAUCAUCCUGAACUGGUUCUGGAUCUGGGGGUGCAGCUCCACCAGUGUUUACAUUAGACCAAUAAAUUUAUAUGUUUAUUUCCAGCUGA